AUUAAAAACAUAUCAACUUUAGUAAUAUUCAGAUUAAAAGAGUUUUAAAAAAAGUAUUUUAAAAAAAAUGCCUUGCAAAGAUUGUAAUAAAGACUGUAAAUGCACUUUCCAAAAGUGUGGUGAGAAAUGUGACUGUGCCGACCAGUGCAAGUGUCAUAGCAAAGUGAGCCACAGUCAUCAUGGUCAUGAUCAUUGUCACGAAGGACACACUCAUGAUAAGGAAGAGCAUCAUCACAGCCACUGUAAAGAGGGCCAUACUCAUGAUGAAUUCUGCACUAAAUAAAAAUAUAUAUAUCAAAAGUAAUACAUUUGAUAUUAUUCCAAAAAAAA